AUGAAAGAGAUCGAAGGUUUCUUAAAGGGCGAUUAUGUCUUUAGCCAUUUUUACGACUGGGCUAUCGCAACCAUUAAACUAGCCAUUCUUUCUCUCUACUAUCGCAUCUUCAGCACAGUCGUCUUCCGCCGAUUCGUGAUCGGCACCGCCUUCUUCGUCGUGCUCUGGCUAGCGGCCAUGGAGAUUGCUCUCGGACUACAGUGCAUACCCAUUCAAAAAGCCUGGGACAUGAAUGUGGAGGGCAGUUGUGUCAAUCUAGUGUCAUUUUCCUACUUCACCAAUAUCACCAAUUUAAUCACCGACAUAUGGGUGUUCCUACUGCCGCUGCCGAUUAUCUUCCGAUUACAUGUUACGCGGCGACGGAAGUUCGAGCUUGCAGGAGUUUUUGCCAUCGGUUUAUUGUAUGUUCCUUUCCAGUAUCGGAGUGAUUUUCUUCUAAUUCGAUUAGGACCGGUGUUCCUCUCGGAAUCCUCUCUGUAUAUGAGCCACUUUGUGGGAUAA